CUUGGCAAAUCUGUAGUUUCGCUUCGUUCGUUCGUUCGCUCUCACAUUUUACGUUCCACGCGCCCACACUCUUUGGCUCACAUUAUACGAUUGCACAUGUGCUAUUUCGUAUUUCUGUAUCAUCCGCACUGGAUCAUCUCAAAGUCACUCUUGUAUUCUCAUUCACGCUCAAUCCGCUUCCAAGUCAUCUCCUUCCUUCUCCUCCUCCUUCUUCUUCUUUGUCUCUUGCUUUCCCCUCCAGUCUCCUUCCCCUUUCUCUUUCGGUUUUUUGCAAACACGCUUUGGCGAUGGCGCAGUACGGCCUUCCGUCCGACCUGGCGUCUGGCUUUGGCGCUGGCAAUGGUUCUGGUCUGCUCAUGCAGCAGCAACAACUGCAACACCACCAGCCACAGCAGCAGCAGCACCAACAAGAGCUGGCAGCAGCAGCCGCUGAUCCAGCAGCGUCGUCGGCGGCGAGCGGCACGAAAAAUCGCAAGAAGAGCGGUGCCACCCAGGAAGCCCAACGGUCUGCCUCGGCAUCAGCACCAGCAGCAACAGCAUCAGCAGCAGCAACAUCAGCAACGCGACGCCGCAGCAACGGCAACGGCAACGGCAACGGCAACGGCAAUGCAGCAGCAGCAGCAGCCGCAGCAGCCGUGUCUUCCGCUGGAUCGGAUGAAGAGCUGUACUGCCUGUGCAAGAAGCCGUACGACUCGUCGCUGUUCAUGAUUGAGUGCAACGUGUGCCACGACUGGUUCCACGGCGAGUGCGUGAAUGUGACUCCCGCGCAGGCCGACUCGAUUGACAAGUACCACUGUCCAGCCUGCGCCAACACACACGGCCCGUCCAAAGCGAAACGCAAGAAGGUGAAAAAGCCAUCCAUCUUUGGCCGACCAGCAGAAGAGUCGGACUCGGAUUCCGAGGCCAACUUGGACGCGGCGCUGCAGCCCGGUCGCCGCUUUGUCGACCAACUGAAAUCGAAGGCGUUCGCGCCAAUGGAGCAGUGCGUGGUUGUGGAAGAGGCCGCGGUGGUCACCCCACUCUACUUUGCAACGAAAGGCUUUUCCAAGCCAUUGCUGUUUCGCUCGUCGGCGGGCUUGGACAUGAUGAUGCCGCCGCCAUCAUUCACAGUGCAAGAUGUGCUGGAGCACGUCGGCUCCAGCCGCAAGCUCGAUGUGAUGGAUGUGGCAACUCAAAAAUCAGAGACCAUGACCAUGGGCGCGUUUGCCGCGUACUUUCAAACACCCGCCGCACAGCGUGAUCGCAUUCUCAAUCUCAUCAGUCUAGAGUUCAGCAAAACCAAGCUGGCCAAGCGCGUUUCGGCGCCUCGAGUAGUGCGUGAGGUGGAUUGGAUUGACGUUGCGUGGCCCAGAACUCUGGCAGAGUCCAAGCCCCAAGUCCAGCUGUACUGUCUCAUGGGCGUUGCCAACAGUUACACCGACUUCCACAUUGAUUUCGGCGGCACGUCUGUGUGGUACCACGUACUCCGAGGCAAGAAGAUCUUUUUACUUUAUCCCGCCACUUCCCGAGACCUUGGAAAAGGCUGGAUUCAUGCUGUAUACACUCCCGAAGAUUCGCUAGUGUUUGGCGGCAAUUUUCUGCACUAUUACGGCAUGGAUAUGCAGAUGCGCGUUUACGACAUUGAGCGUCGCAUCAAUGUGCCCAAAAAGUUCACCUUUCCCCGAUUUGAAGCAUUGAGUUGGUAUGCGGCCAACUGUUUACUGUUGCAAUGGAACGCACAACGCUACGUUCCUUCAUGGAUAGUGCCAGGGCUGCGUGGACUGGUUGAAGGCCUAUCCAACUGGAUUAGCAAGAAAACGUGCAUGGAGAAUGUACCCGCCGACAUUUGCCCUCAGGCUGUCGUUGUCGGUCUGGCUGGAUACCUUGACGUGUGCAACGCUUUGCUGCCCCCUUCGGCGCAAGCCACGGCAAUGCCCACGAUGAUUCGCAUCGACCCCAUCCAGCACAACCAGAUUGCCUCUGCUCAGAUGCAGGCGCAAAUGCAAGCCCAGAAUUCCUUCUUGCAACAAUCGUUGCAGCAGCCACAGUUUCAGCACUUGCCGCAACAGCAAUCACAACACCAACCACAGCAGCAACCACAACAGCUCCUACAGCUCUCGCAGCAACCGCAUGGAACAUCCGAGCAGCUCCUCUUUCAACAACGAUUGCAAACACAACAACCGUCGCAGUAUCCUCAGCCUCAAUUUUUCGCCUCGCGGUCUGGUCCUUCCGCUGGGCUGUCUGUGCCACAGCAACAGCAACAGUACCCAUUCUCUCAGCAGCCGCUUCAGAUGGCGCAACACAUGCCCAUGAAGCUUGACCCGUCACUCCAAUUCAACCAGCUGCAGCAACAGCCCUUCCAAUCCAAUUCCUAUCUCACGCACCAACCGAAUCAAAUGCUCCAGAAUUACCAGACACAGCUGCAACAGCAGCCUCCAUUCUUUGGAGCACAGCAACACGUUGCUUCCAUGAACAACAGCAACAACAGCAGCAGCGGCAACAGCAGCAACAAUAGCCCUGACCCUAAUCUUGUGGCGAGCACUUUUUCUCGCGCGCACACCGCACACGACGUGGCGGCGCAGCUUGCUCAAAUGCACGAGCCACGCGCAUCGCGAGGAGAUAUCGAGGAAUCUGCUGCGGCCACGCUUGCUGCUUUAAUGGGCACUCACGCUUCGCCUGCGCUCUCACAAGCCUCUCUGGGGCCUUCUGUGUUUGGCGAAGCGGCAAAUGCCGCGCCCCAUCGCGUCCGGCUGAGCUCGAAGCGCUCCGAGGCUGACGAGAGUGCCGACAACAGCAGGCUGGCACUUGCCAGCGCUGGCGCCGGACCCACGCGACUCAAGCUCACUUCCAGACGCCAGUCAGAGAAUGGCAGUAUCGGCUCGGCCGAUCCUAUGAAUACGGGAGACGAGUCAGAUGGCGAGGACACACCGCGAAACUCGGAGUCUACCAAGCUGCACUUGAAGCGCGAAAAUGUCAAGGUGCGUUUGGUUCGCCCCCGCACACAGAGUCAGACGACCGCCGGCACUACCAACCUGGACGAAGAAGCGGAAUCCCAGGAGCCUGCUGAUGACGAACAUGCAGAGAAGGCCCACAGCGACGACGAGGGCCAGACCCAGCGCCGGUCUUCCCGCCGUUCCUCGUUGCCAGAACGCUCGUCAUCACGCCUGCGUCCGCGGACCCCUUUGACCAAGCAAGCAAAGCGUCGCGGAAAGUCUGCUGGAGACUCUGACAGCGAAGCAGGCACCGCCGAAAGCGACGAAGAUGAUGUCGACGGGGCUGCAGACGCUGGAAAGACUGACGCGGACGAUGACUUUUCGAGCGAGUCGAAUGGAAAGACUUCUGACAAAUCGCGUCGUGCAACAAGGAAUGCUACGCACCAAGACAAAAAGACCAAGAUUGCCGAUGACGCAGCAGAGUCUCCUGCUUCUCCCAAGCCAGACACCAGUGCCCCCACUACUACCGCUAGCAGUGCACCAACCACCACUACCAGCACCACCACUCCCACCACUGGCAGUGCACCACCCGCCGCUGGCAGCGUGCCAACUACCACUGGCAGCGCACCACCAGUUGCUGUCGCUCGCCAAAACAGCAGCGGCAGCCUCACUGGCAACUCUUCAGCCCAGAAAAAGCCUGCCAAGAGUCUUGAUUUGCGCUCAAAGUUGGCACAAGGCAUGCGCAUGGGCCGAAUCUGA